AUGUGGAUCGGAAGUUUUUCAACCACGUUCAUUCAUUUACGUUUCAUCGAAGAUAAUUGCAUGCGAUCAUUACUGUUUGCUGCCGUCGUUUCGACAUGGCUUGGAAAUCGCACGGCGAGGAUGAGAUCUUCGCUGCAUCGUCCAUUUACAUGGAAACACCUUGUGUUAUUGCUGUUGGUGCUACACGCCAUAUCUUUCACAGACGAGUGUCCAGCCACGGUUCGAGGAGAAUCCAGUGUGACGACGUCGGUUGGUGCGCUUUUCUAUGAUCGAUUCAUGGACCAACAGCGUGCCUAUAGAUUCUUCGAAGGCGAUCCUGUCUUAUCGUUUGGUCCAUCAGCGUCGGAUACAGCAAAGGAAAGAAUAUGGUGGGACGUUGAUUUGGUUGGAAGAGCUCCUGCAUGGGCAGAUAUGGCAGCAGUAUUCAUUGUUGACUUGAUCCACCAGGAAACACGAGUUUUGGAGAAGCGAAGUAAAGUUGAGCCGUUGAAGUGGGCCAUGUGGAGAAUGUACUUGAUUAUGAAAUUUGACACAUCUGCAUUCAUCGCUCAAAAUGAUCUUCAAAAACUUUGUGCUAAAUGGACAAAGGAACAAGCCAGCAUGAGGUCCAAGCCAACUCCAUCUGAAAGAGGGAAAGGAGUACAAGAUUAUCGUUUUCUCAGCACAGCUAGAGCCUGUGAUAUUAUCAGUAAA